AUGAAAGAAGAAGUUGCAAUAAAAGGGGUUGAUGUAAAGAAUGAGAAGUUUUUAAGAGACAUCAUAUUUAAUCUGCUGAUGGCAGGACGAGAUACAACUAGUUCAGCUCUCACCUGGAAUCUUUCGCUCAUAGUGAGGAACCCUGAAGUUCAAGAGAAGAUAAGAACAGAAUUAAGAACAAAAGUACCAGCAACAAAAGCUUACAAUUGGCAUGUAUUUCAAGCAGAUGAGACAAAGAAGUUAGUGUAUCUACAUGCUGCACUUUUUGAAACCUUGAGACUAUACCCUCCUGUUCCUUUCCAGCACAAAUCUCCGUUGAACCAAAUUGUCCUGCCUAGUGGCCACCAUGUUCACCCAAAUAUGAAAACAGUAUUCCCGCUAUAUGCAAUGGGACGAAUGAAGGCGAUAUGGGGAGAGAAUUGCUCCAAAUUUCAGCCUGAGAGAUGGAUAUCAAACCAAGGGAAGAUUAAACAUGAACCUUCAUACAAGUUCUUGGCAUUCAAUGCUGGUCCAAGGACUUGUCUAGGGAAAGAAAUAGCAUUUACUCAGAUGAAGAUGAUAGCAGCCACCUUGAUACAUAACUUCCAUUUUCAAGUUGUGGAGGAUGACAAUAUCUAUCCUGAUGUCUCGGUUAUUCUUCACAUGAAACAUGGGUUUAAGGUGAAGAUCCAUAAAAGAUGGGCUUGA